GCGCACGUUAGCAUCUCCUGCCGUGCAAUUUCUGUCUUGUUUGUCGGCGAAAACCUCCUGCGACACCGAGACCGACACCGACGGCGACUACUACCGUCCGAUCAUGCCGGAAAUAGAUGCUUUGUUCGAAGCGAUCAAUGUUAAAGACCUUCUUUCCGGUCAUGACCUCAACGAUCCGACCACGCCGUUGUCGGCGCCAGAUCUCCGCCUCCUCAUCACCCGCUUGGAGUCGCAUUCCCUUCGGAUCAAAUCCAAGGUCCAGUCCUAUCUCGUCGCGCAUCAGUCCGGAUUCUCGGAGCUUUUCUCGCUCUGUAAAGACGCCGCCUCGAGUGCCGGUCAGAUCACUGGCGACGUCUCUGAUGUUCUACAGUUGAUUUCUGACCGCCCGAUCGACGUUGAGAUUCGUACUGUAGUUGACGAGAUUACCACGAAGACGAAGGAGGUGAAGGUGAAGAGAGAGUUGCUUGAGUUGGUUGCGGUAAUUGUGGGUAUCUGCGAGGCGUUACAGGAAGUGAAGGAAGGGUUGAAGAGUGGACGUUUCAGAUUCGCCGCUGAGAGAAUCAGAGAAUUGAAAGCCGUAUUGAGGAUCGGCGACGAAGAAGAAGGAGAACCCGUUGCCUACAAUCUGCUUAGAAAGGAAUGGAUUGACUGCUAUGAUAAGAUUCAAGAGGUGCUAGCCAAGCUCAUGGAAAAUGCUGUGCAUUUUGAGCCGGAUUCUCAUAGAGUCCGGAUUCAGUAUCGACUAAGCAUGGGCGAGACCACCAGGAUUGCUCUUAAUGAUGUUUUCGAGGCAAUGGAGGUGAUCGAAAUCUUAGACUAUGGACUUGCAAAAGUAGCUGACUCAAUGAUCAAGCAUGUCAUCACUCCAACUGUAACUCGUGCAUCUACCUUUAUUCCUGUGGAAGAUUUAUGUAAAAGCUCGGGGGAAAUUACUGAGGCGACAUUGGAGCUAAAGCAAUCCUCAGGCCACAAGAUUGAAGGUGUGGAUGGAGAAGCUAUCUAUUCCGGGAUCCUUAAGGUUGUUAAGUUCAUUAACAGUUCCCUGUGCUUGGGAAAUGUUACAUGGAUCCAUUGCUUUGGGAGGCUGACAUGGCCACGGAUAUCAGAGCUAAUCAUUUCCAAUUUCCUUUCAAAGGUUGUCCCUGAAGAUGCUUCAAAACUUGCUGACUUCCACAAAGUCAUCCAGCGUACUUCUGAAUUUGAGACAGCCCUGAAGGAAAUGAAUUUCAUUUCGCCAUCCGAUGAGAAGGAAGAGAGACUUAGCAAAUUUGCCGAAAACGUUGAGGUUCAUUUUGCAUCUAGAAAGAAGACGGAAAUUCUAGCAAAAACAAGAAAUAUGUUAUUGAAGUGUGAUUUUAGAGUUCCACUGGAUCAUGCUGUGAGAAAUGCCAAUUUGGAAAAUGAUGGUGGUGAUGUUUUAGAUGUAAAGACUUCUGAGCAUGUUGCUGAACUAGUUUUCUCAUCUGAGAGGUGUUUGGUAUCUGAAGCAGCUUCUCAACUAAUGCAGUUGGUGCAUAAGACACUCAAGGAUGUUUGUGUGUCUUCUCCAAGGGUUGCUUCAGAAUUCUACCAUGCUGCUCGAGAUUCCAUACUUCUAUAUGAAGCCAUUGUACCUGUUAAGCUAGAGAAACAACUUGAUGGGAUCAAUCAGGCCGCUGUCCUUAUGCACAAUGAUUGUUUAUAUUUGUUUGAGGAGAUACUUGGACUUGCAUUUGAGUAUCGUGCUAGCUUCCCCAGCUCCGUUAAGGAAUAUGCAGUAUUUGCUGAUUUAGCCCCAAGGUUUAAAUUGAUGGCAGAAGAAGUUUUGCAGAGACAAAUUCAUAUAGUGAUUUCAAGUUUGCGAGAGGCUAUAGACAGUGCAGAUGGAUUUCAGAACACUCACCAAAUAAAACAAUUUGAAUCUGCCAAAUUUAGCAUCGAGCAAGUUGUAUUUAUUCUAGAAAAAGUGCAUAUUAUAUGGGAGCCACUCCUACUGCCCAGAACUUACAAGCAAAGCAUGUGCAUGGUUUUAGAGUCGGUCUUUCGUAGAAUAUCCAGAGACAUUAUUCUUCUAGAUGACAUAGCUGCAGAUGAGACACUUCAGCUACAACGACUAGUUCAUCUCAUGCUGGAGAACCUAUCUUCUUUACUCGGUUCCCUUAGUUCUGCUGACGGCUCUUCACGUCCCCUCGAUGAUCUUAUACCAUCUUUACGUAAAAUCCGUAAACUGGCAGAACUCUUGGAUAUGCCUUUGAAGUCCAUAACUUUGGCUUGGGAAAGUGGGGAGUUAUUCAGCUGCAGCUUUACGAGAGCUGAGGUGCAAGAUUUCAUCAAAGCCAUAUUCACGGAUUCGCCACUGAGAAAAGAAUGCUUAUGGAGGAUAGAAAACGUCAACCUGUAGAAGAUACCGCUCGCUCACUCCAUAAACACACUGGAAACACAACACAGAGUACAGACGAGACGGGAAAAGAACAGAGCAGAAGGGAAACUCUCACGGGCAAAAAGAUCGGGAAGAAACACACUCCAAACCCUAUUGCCAGAACCAAUGGGCUCAAAAGGUUAGCCACCAAUUCUUCCCCUUUCUGAUAAGAGCUAGCUAAAGAAAAAGAUUCAUCGAACCUAGAGAGAAACUUGUCUUUGAGUUACCAUAUUAGAGUCAUGUGGAAACCAAGCUUAACUGACAAGGGACGAAACGAGGUUUUGUUGUAAAUGGUACUGUUAUUACAGGAAAGAGAUGGAGAGUUCACAUGUGUAAGCAUGUUUUGGGUUUUAUGUAUUGGUUGAUUCCAAAACUGUUUUGUUCUUCUUACAGAAAUUUUGGUUUGGAACCACUGCCUUAGCUCAAUGCAAAGAUUCUUCUUAGUUCAAACCGACUCAAGAACCUAAGAUUCUCUGCCAUGUUUAAAUACAAUCUGGAACCCUAAACGAAACCGAAUCUUUAGGACACGACUAGGAAAAAGUGAUAAUAUACUUCCUGUGUUGGCUGUGUAAUGUAAUAACAUCAAAAGCAACAAUCAGAUAGAACAAAAAAAAAAAAAAAA